CCGUGCGAUGGCGUGUGUUUUUGGCCGUGAAGAAGCCAGAGCCUUAUCUUUUAGCUUUCUUUGCUGUCGACUAUACUGACUGCUGGUAACCCUGCCGGUUGGGGCGGAGAGAAAUAACAAACAAGUCUAGGCUCGUUGUUUGUUUGACGCCCCCAUAACUCCAGCAAGAUUCCAGUUAUACAGUUUGAAGCAGGGUGGGGUUUAAAGUGACUUGACACACAGGGGUCUGGGCUAGUAUAAUUCGUAAAUAAAGUAUAGUAAUGCUUGGUCAUACUAAUACCAACUCUAUUUUUCCUCUGAAGAAGAGUCAGAAUCACCUCCAUCUACUAAUACUGCUCCUAGGCCUAGAGCCGACUGUGUUCCAGUUCACUCUACUCAUCCGCCGGAGAUGGGCGAGGAGGCCGCGAUAGCAGGUGAACCUCAGAAUCUCACAAUGGGUAACUGGGCAUCGCUGGGAAAUUCAGUACUUUCGCCCAAUGACAAGUCCUCGUCUGAAUCUUAUGGUUGUGGUGAUGAUGCGAAAACUACUGUCACUGAUACUGCUAAACCAGCACAAUUUAACCAAAGUCAUCCAGGCUUAGGCCUAGGCCUACAUGAUGAAGAAUUAUCCAUGAUUAAGUCAUUUGUUUUUUUGGAUUUGGAGUCAUCUGCAUUACAGUCGUACGACAGACCAAAGAUCACAGAAGUCUGCUUGGUUGCUGUUCAUAGAUCUAGCAUUGAAAAUGCUAGUACACUUGGCGGUAUGACCAAGCCAAGAGUGCUUGACAAGUUGUCCUUGUGUGUAUAUCCUAGCAAGCAAAUUGAACCAGUUGCUUCAGAUAUAACAGGUCUAAACAAUGCCCUUCUGUUGGAGAAUGAGAAAAAAGCUUUUAAUGCUGAUGUUGCCGAGUCGAUUAGCGCUUUUUUGAGAAGACAGUCCAAACCUGUAUGUAUUGUUGCUCACAAUGGAUACAACUUUGAUUUCAAGUUACUUCGAACAGAGUUUGAUUAUAUCGGACGUUCUCUGCCUUCUGACAUAUUAUGUUGUGAUUCCUUGAUAGCUUUCAAAGAGCUUGAAGAGGAACAUCACAGAUGCACACAAGAUUCAGUUUCAGACAUUGAUGUAACACAUGUCUCUAGCAACAUGCCAAGUAAUACCAAUGAAAGCUCUGAGAAACUGUCUGUUGAGAAGUCUUGUGUAGCACCAAAUAUAGGUUCUCCUUAUAAGAAGAAGAAGUACUCGUAUGCCCUUGGGAAAAUUUACCAGAGAACUUUUGGAAAAGAGCCGGAAAAUGUGCAUGAUGCAGAAUCGGAUGUGAUUUCAUUAAUUCAGCUGGUGUUAAAUCGUGGAAGUACAAUAUGCACGUGGAUGGACACACAUGCAACAAAGUGGACAGAUAUUCAGCAAUAUUAUGUUCCAUCACCAAAAAAAAUGUGUACCAAACAAUUUUAAUAUUUAGUACUAUUUUAUAUUUAAAUAAUUGAAUGUGUGGUUAAAAUACUGUACAUAGAAUUAGUUUUGUCAUCACUAUAUCUGGUGUGGAUAGACAGGAAGUAGUUUCUGGGAUAAAUGUGAGAAAUCUGGGAUAAAUAUGAGAAAUUGGUAUUUAGAUAGAUACUGUAGACUCGCCUCACUAUAUCGUGCAAAUUUUGUAAUGCUUUUAUACUUUCUUAAUAAUUUCUUUUAAAUUUUUCCUGUAAAUUGAAUUUUUAAAUGAAUUGUAUUAUGAAUUUGUAAAUAGAUGAAGUAUUUUCAAAUGUUUAUUAGUAAAAAUCUGAAUGCAGUCAAGUGCAAUGAAUGAAUUAAUGAUAUUCAAAAAUUAAAACAUUGAACUGCAAAAAGUGCUAUAUAUUUUUUUCAAACAAUAAAUUCAAUUAUUAUAUUCCAAUGUUAGCAACUAUUCAUUUUUUCCCCUUUUUUAAUAAGAACUAUGAAGUCCAGACAUUGGAAAUUAAUAAAUUGUGUAAUCUGUUCAUUGAGGAAAUAGUUAAAUUAGAUCUGUUUUUGUGAUCAAUUGAAUUUUAAUUAAAUGUUUUAGGGUAGAGCAUAUUCCUGAUACAGUAAGUUUUUAAAUUUUAUUUAAUUUUUUUUAAAGUUAUCAGGUUCCUCUAGAAUCCAAGUAAGCAAGCUUGAUUAAAAUUAUUUUUUGUCAGUUGGAUCAUUUUCACUGUAGUAAGUGCAAAAUGGGGAUUUUGUAUUGUAGGUUAAAUAUUAAGUGAGUCGUACAGUACUACAUAAUGGUUCGAAAAAAUACUCUUUGAGAUUAUUGUCUAUUUAAACUUUCAAUGUUAUUGUAGUUAUGCUGAACUCUUGCUAUGUUGCCAGAGACUUUACUGUUACUGUGCUACAAAAAUUGUGUAAUAUCUGCAAUAUAAAAUAUGCAAAAUCAACAGGCCUGGAUGAAAUUGCUUCAAUAAAGUACAGCGAAAUAUUAACUGUAUGUUUAAGUAAAAAUAAAGCAAGGGAGGGAAUUGCCUGUUAAUUAAAUAAUAAUAAUGAAACAGAGGUUUUGCAGCAUUACAGUACAUCUAAUCUUAAAUUUUGUAAAUUUCAUUUUUUAUUGUAUAGUUAUUUUAAAUACCAUAGUAGAAAGUACUGUAGUAGUUAGUUUAAAAUUAUGUACAGUUAGUUUUGUAUGAUGGCUUAAAAUUUGAUUAACAAUGGAUUACGUAUAAACUGGAAUUUGGCAAGAUUCAUUUUCAUUGUAAUAGGGAUACAGCAAUGUACAAUGUAAGUUAUGGAUUUAAUUAAUUUUUAAGUAAGUAAUUUAAAUAUUAUAAACAAGAUUACAUUUUUUGAAUAUACAGUAAUUGAGAUAAAGCAAUGUUCUAUGUAUACUGUGGAUGAUUGGAUUGACGAUAUAUGAAUGAAUUUUUUACGUAAAAUUGUUAAGGAAAAUUAAGUACUAUACAGUAAAUAGUUAGACUCCAUAUACAGUAAACUGGAAUUUGGCAAGAUUAAUUUUUCAUGGUAAUUGAGAUACUGUAUUAUUAUACAAUGCAGCAGGUUUAUGAACAGUGUUUGUGUUAUGUUUCGAAAUUUGUAAUGAAAUAAAAAAAAAAAACAA